CGCGGCGCUGCGGGGGCUGGAGGGGAGCGCCGGGAAAGGAGCCGCCUCUUCGCCCGUCCUCUCCGCGCCGAGGAAGCCGAGCUGGGGGGGGAGGCAGGCGCUGGGUCCCCUGGGCUCCCCGCUCGUCCCUCCCCGGGGUUGCGAGGCGUGAGGCGGGGCUGGUGUCUGUCUGCGGGGCCUGGCGGCCUCUGCCCCCCGAGCUCUGGGGCUGCCCCCCGGGCCUGGCCCUGCCGGUACCGGCACCCGUGUGCUGUGCUGGCUGCUCCUGGGACGGGACCCAAAGGUUGCCACGAUGCGGGGGGUUUAAAUAUUAGAGAAACCCCAGGAGCCUUCCCUCCCUGCACCGGUGGUUCUGUAGCCCAGGGGUUUGGGGAUCUGCUCUGCGGCUUCUCUUCUGGGGCCAAACUGCGCAUGGCCAGUCACUCACACGUUGCCUGGAAUCUUACCUGGUGGGGAGAGAAGAAACAUCCCCAUCCAAUUUGUCUUUCUUGUCAAGAUCUUUUUCUUAAUGCUAAGUUCAACUCAGCCUUCUUCAAGAAACAACUCUUGAGUACAGACAUUUAGCAAACAAGUCACAUAAAUCAGGAUUUCAUCUGGCAGACUAGAAACGUAUCUUUGUCUUCGAAAACAGAGUACCAGUUGAAACAUGGAUGACGAUGACUUUGGAGGAUUUGAGGCAGCAGAGAGUUAUGAGUGUGGAAAUGGUGAAAAGCAGACUACAUCCCCUGCUAUUGCUUGGGCAGCAUUUCCUACAGUAUCUGAAGUCCAUGUAUCUCCUGAUGUUCUUCUUGAGCACUCUGUGCCUUCUUCCUGCCUGGUUCCUUCUGACUCAUUCAGUUUAUCAAGUGGUAAUGUGGCAACAGCUAUUCAAACAGCCAACAAUGGUAUAAACCCAGCUGUCCUGGAGGAACAGAUUCAGUCAGAUAUUCUGGUUGCCUCUUUGAAUGUAACAGAAGACAAAACCUUGGUUACAUCAAACAUUGCUUUGGUUGAUGCUGAGACACAGAAAGCAAAUGAACCAAAGAGCUACCUUCAACAAGCUGUUGCAAACCUAGAAAUCAAGCUUUCAACUGCUGAAGAAGAAAAGUUAAAUAUUAAAAAGGAAUUAGAAUGUUUACUGGAAAAACAUAGUGUUCUAGAAAUGGAUUUCUUGAAAGAAAAAAAAAAAGAAGUAAUUUCACAUAAGGAUGAUUACAAGAAGCUCCAGGAGAAGCAUAAGCAGGAAUUAGAAGACAUGAGAAAAGCUGGACAUGAAGCCUUGAGUAUUAUUGUUGAAGAAUUUAAGGCACUGCUACAAUCUACAGUUCAACAGCAAGAAGCAGCUAUUGAAAAACAGUACAUACAAGCAAUUGAAAAGCAUUCUCACAAAUGUGAAGAACUUCUUAAUGCUCAGCAUCAGCGACUUCUCGACAUUUUGGAAGCAGAGAAAGAAUUGUUAUCAGAAAAGAUAGAAGAAGCUUUGAUGCAGCAGUCACAAAAGCAGAAGGAAGUACUUGAGAAAUGUUUGGAUGAGGAAAGACAAAGAAGUAAAGAGGCUGUGGCGGCUGCUGCAAAGGCUGAAAAAGAAGUAGUGCAGGAGGCUGUUCUGAAAGCAGUAGAGGAGGAGAGAAGAAAGAUGGAGGAGAUUCAUGCAGAAGAAAGAAAAAUGUGGGAAGCAGAAUGUGACAGACACAAAGAGAAGAUUGCUGAGGCUGUUUCAGAAGCCAUGCAAGAGCAAAGGAAGCGUAAUCAAGAAAUUGUCAAAGAAGCAUUAAUGGAGGAGCAAAAACGAAGUGAAAAGGCAAUUGAAGAAGCAGUGAAAAGAACAAGAGAGGAACUGCUGGAGUAUAUUAAAGAGCAGAAGAGGCUUGAUGAAGUUGUCCGUCAGAGAAAUCUGUGUAGUUUGGAACUUUUCCUCUCUUGUGCACAGAAACAGUUAAGUGUGUUAUUAAAGGAAGAGCCAACCACUACAGAGGAAAACAGAGACUGACAUUCUCAGGACUGCUGAUACAGUGUGAUUGAUGAAGCUGCAAAUCUCAAGCCAGCAAAUGACAGAUACAUUCUGAUCAUCUGAGAUUGUAUCAUUGAUUCAAGAUUGAUCUGAAACUACACUUGAUAGAAGUAUUCAUUGAUUAUGCUCUUCUAUUAUUUAUUUAUUUCACUACUGUUACCAGAUUGCAAAUAUGAGAGGGAAAAAAUCCCUGGAAAAUUAUUUUAUUUUCAUUGUAUUUUCCCGUACCUCAUGAUUGAAGUUCUACGUAACUGCAGCAAUGAGGAAGAUGUUCCCCUAUUAUGUCUGAUUUAGAUUUAGCAUCAUGUGUUGAUACAAUUUAUCAAUAUUUUUGGUAUUUUUAAAAUGGAGAAAAGCAUUUGAUUGAGAAAAGACACAAGUCCAUCUCUAUUUCCACAGUGUAUGGCCAAGUGCAUGGCCUAAGGUGAGUCUGAGGAGCUUAUUCUUCCUACUUUUGACGUAUAACGGAAGAACCAGUACUGAAACAUAAGAGUGUUGACAGGCAUUUCUUUAGCCUUUUAUAAACAACUCUAGAUGUAGUAAUAGAAAAGUUUAAAAACUAAACCUUGCAUCUUUUUAGAUUAGUGCAAAACACUGCCAUAACCCAACAUAUAGUAUGUAUUUUAUUCCUGUUUUGCAAGCUAAUUGGAUUCCAAAAGUCACUUUCCCAUGAAAGCACGAUUAAUAUGACUGACCUCAGUUUCAGGAAGAAGAUGUGUGUAAUUAUGUGGAGCCUGAUACUGCACUGCCUCAGUGGAAUUUCUGACAGAAUAAGGAGUGCAGCUUGCUGACCUCGGAUGCCCUUUCUAAACCCAUUGAAGGAAGUAGAAAAACUCCCCACAGACAUUUUUUUUUACUUUGGAUCAGGUCAUAGGUCUUUCUAUUCUUGCUAAUGGCAGCACAGAGUGGAAUUUCUGUGCCUGCACUCUAUUGAUUGUAGAUUUGGGGCCUUAGUUAUAAAAGAAAUUCUGAAUGAAAUGAGGGAAAAUAAAUGUUCAUGCCUAGAAAUUUAAAUAAACUGAGAAUGAUA